GGGGCCCACCCAUCAUCCUUGACUUUGAUUAAAAGAGCAUGCCUUUCUCAAAAACCAAGUAACAGUGACAACCAUCAUGUUCAAUUGUUCAUGUGGAAUGUUGCUCAGUCGUUAUAACAAUGACAACCAUCAUGCUCUUCUCCGAUGUUGCUCACUCUUUAUAUUCACCAUCAACCUUUCCAAAAAGAGCACAAAUAUAAACACAUGGCCGAUGAAGAGUGUGAUUACUUAUUUAAAACAGUUUUGAUUGGAGACUCAGCAGUCGGGAAAUCAAAUCUUUUAUCAAGGUUUGCUAAAGAUGAAUUUCAUUUGGAUACAAAGCCAACAAUUGGGGUUGAAUUUGCAUAUCGGAAUACUAAACUUGGUGAUAAGAUCAUCAAAGCUCAAAUAUGGGACACUGCUGGACAAGAAAGGUUCAGAGCAAUAACGAAUUCAUAUUAUCGUGGAGCACUAGGGGCGAUGCUUGUCUAUGAUAUCACAAGAAAUGAAACCUUUGAGAAUGUAAGGAAAUGGUUACAGGAACUUAAAGAGUUUGGAGAUCCUGAUAUGGUUAUUGUUCUUGUUGGCAACAAGAGUGAUUUGGUUGAUUUGAGGGAAGUCGAGGUUGAAGAUGGGCAAAAGCUUGCUGAAGUAGAGAAGUUAUGUUUCUUGGAGACAUCUGCAAAGGAGAAUUUGAAUGUAGAAGAUGCAUUUCUCCAAAUGAUCACUAAAAUAUAUAAAAUUGCAAGUCAAAAGAGUCUUGAAGCCAAGAACGAUGAGUCAAAACCAAAUCUUGAUGGGUGGAAAGAAAUUAAGGUUGUUGAUGAAGUGGCUCCCAUUAAACACAAUGAUUGUUGUAAGUUAGUCUGAUAGUGAUUCGCUUGAGGUUAUGGCAUGUUUUUUAUGACGAAUGGAAUUACAUAGAGAUGAAGUUGACAAAGUAAUGUGGUGAACGACAAAAUGGAAUAGGCUAUAUAUUUUAUUAACGUUUCUGAUGUAUGUCAAAAUCUACUGUUUGCCAAGAUACAAAAAUACUAGAAAACGGUUAUUACUUAUUUGUAACUGCAAAUUAAAUUCGAAAACCAUGUUUUUUCCGUC